UCAUAUUCAUUGUUCAGUCCAUACUUAUUCUGUUUUUCGCCGGCGUAAAAACAGCCGGCGCAACUCGCCGGAGCACACCAUUUUUUCGACUAAGCAAUGAAAACGGAAACCGUACACUCUAUCUUCGAUACAGUAACGGAGCUAACGAAAUCAGCUCAGGAGAAAAACACCGAUCCUUUGAUAUGGGCCAUGCAACUUUCUUCAAGUCUCAACUCCGCCGGCGUAUCCAUGCCGUCCGUCGCCGUCGGCGAAAUUUUAGUGAAUCAUAUAUGUUGGUCGAAUAACGUGCCUAUUGCUUGGAAGUUUCUAGAGAAAGCUUUGACGGUUAGAAUUGUACCUCCUUUGUUCGUUCUCGCUCUUCUCUCUACCAGAGUAAUUCCUACACGAAGGAGCUGUCCGAUGGCAUACAGGCUGUAUAUGGAACUCCUGAAAAGAUAUGCCUUUUCAUUACCAUCUCAAAUUAAUGGUCCAAAUUAUCAAAAGAUUAUGGAGUCGAUAAAUGAUACUCUUCAGCUUUCCCAGAUAUUUGAACUUCAGGGAUCUGAAAGUGGAAAGCAUGUGGUUGGAUAUGUUUUCAUGGUUGUAUGGCAGUUACUUGAUGCCUCGCUUGACGAUGAAGGAUUGCUGGAGCUGACUGCUGAAAAGAAGUCUAGGUGGCCAGUUGCAACUCAAGAAAUGGAAAUCAGCAAUCGUGAUGGCUUUGCUGGGAAAAGAGUUGAACAUCGUGAAGGAUUAUGUAGAAUGAACACUGUAUUGGCUAUUGAAAUAAUUGGUGAACUUUUUGGGGACAAAUUGAUAUCCAUGAUUCUUUACUUGGCACGCAAGAACAUGCCCACACAUUGGGAUUCUUUCAUGCAGCACUUACAACUUCUAGUGUCAAAUUCGGCAGCUCUAAGAAACUCCAAGAAUAUCUCUCCAGAGGCUUUGGUGCUAUUGAUAUCCAAAAACCUUGGAGUCCUCUCUAGGGAAUGCAAAACAAGCUCACGGCAAUUUUUUCAUGCUGUUAUGGCUUCUGGAUCACUUGCAUUUUCUGCUAGUCGGCGUGAUGCUGCUAGUACAUCAGUUCUCUGGCUACCAAUUGAUCUCUUUCUAGAAGAUACCAUGGAUGGACUUCAAGUGGCAGCUACAAGUUCCGCUGACACUCUAACUGGUCUGGUGAAGGCUCUGCAGGCAACUAACCGUACAACAUGGCAGGACACAUUUUUUGGAUUAUGGAUUUCAGCCCUAAGGCUUGUUAAUAGAGAAAGGGAUUCGAGCGAGGGACCAGUACCUCGUCUUGAUACCUUCUUAUGCUUAUUAUUGUCUAUUACACCGCUAGCAAUUACCAACAUCAUUGAAGAGGAAAAUGAUAGUACCUCUAGUGAUCAAAGAAAAGAGUCCACGGAAAAACGUUGUCAGGCCUUGGUUUCUAGCUUACAGCAACUGCAUGAUUAUGAAGCCUUGUUGACCCCACCACUGCCGGCAAUUCUGUUGGCAAACCAAGCUGCUGUUAAAGCAAUGAUGUUCCUUUCAGGGCUAAGUAUGGGAAGUGAGUACUUUGAUGGGAUGAAAUUGAAUGGCAUGCCUGUCAAUUGUGCUGGGAACUUGUGGCACCUUAUUGUUGAGGCUUGCAUUGCUAGAAACAUUUUGGAUACAUCUGCUUAUUUAUGGCCUGGAUACGUAAAAGGUCAAUGCAAUCAAGUGCCUCGUAGCAUUUCAGGCCCAUUGCUUGGCUGGUCAUCACUGAUGAAGGGAUCUCUCCUAACUCCUCCAAUGGUCAGUGCAUUGGUUUCAACACCCGCCUCAAGCUUAGCAGAAAUAGAGAAAAUAUAUGAGAUUGCUGUCAAUGGUUCCGAUGAAGAAAAGAUUUCUGCUGCUACUAUUCUCUGUGGGGCCUCUCUUGCUCGUGGUUGGAAUAUACAGGAACAUACCGUUCUAUUCAUCACUAGGUUGCUUUCACCUUGUGUUCCUUCUGAUUAUUGUGGAACUGAAAGCCAUUUGAUAAGCUAUGCUCCAGUUCUGAAUGUCCUUCUCAUUGGUAUAUCAUCUAUCGAUUGUAUCCAGAUCUUUUCUUUGCAUGGAUUGGUUCCACAGCUUGCUGGUGUAUUGAUGCCAAUUUGUGAAGCCUUCGGUUCUUGUGCUCCCAAUGUAUCAUGGACUCUAAUGUCGGAAAAGGUUAAUUCACAUGCUGUUUUCUCGAAUGCGUUCACACUUCUGCUGAAGUUGUGGAGGUUUGAUCAGCCACCCCUUGAGCAUGUCACAAGAGAUGUUCCUGUGGGAUCCCAUCUAACUCCUGAAUACCUAUUGCUGGUUCGUAACUCCCAGUUGGCAUGCUCUGAAGAUUUGCUUAAAGGUCAAAGCAAAAGCAAGCAAUUGUCUAGAACUCCAUGUCGAUUACCUGAAGAACCCAUAUUUAUGGAUUCUUUUCCGAAACUAAAAUGUUGGUACCGGCAAAAUCAAGCAUGUAUUGCUUCACCUCUCUCAGGUCUCGUCCCUGGAACUCCUGUUCAUCAGAUUGUUGAAGCACUGCUGAACUUCAUGUUCAGAAAAAUAAAUAGUGCUGGUCAGUCCCUUACACCAACGACUUCAAGUGGUAGUAACUCAUCUGGGUCUGGCAACGAAGAUAUAUCUCCUCAUCUUAAGUUACCCGCAUGGGAUAUUUUGGAAGCUGUUCCAUUUGUGCUUGAUGCUGCUCUGACAGCCUGUGGUCACGGGCGAUUGUCACCACGUGAACUAGCCACAGGUCUUAAGGAUCUAGCUGACUUUCUUCCUGCGUCUUUGGCAACAAUUGCAAGUUACUUUUCAGCUGAAGUGACACGGGGUCUUUGGAAGCCUGCUUUUAUGAAUGGAACUGAUUGGCCAAGUCCAGCUGCAAAUUUAGCAACAGUGGAACAACAGAUUAAGAAAAUCCUAGCUGCUACUGGUGUAGAUGUACCAAGUCUCUCUGUAGGUGGAAAUUCUCCAGCUAUUCUUCCUUUGCCCCUGGCAGUCCUUGCAAGCCUCACCAUUACAUAUAAGCUUGAACGAGGUACUGACCGCUUUCUGAACUUGGUGGGCACAGCAUUGAGUAACCUGGCUACAAGUUGUCCUUGGCCAUGUAUGCCUGUUAUAGCUGCCCUAUGGGCGCAAAAGGUUAGACGUUGGAGUGACUUUCUUGUUUUCUCUGCAUCCCGGACCGUGUUCCACCACAGCAGUGAUGCCGUAGGUCAAUUGCUUCGGGUCUGCUUUACAGCUACACUAGGUCUAGGUACAUCUUCUAUAGAAAGCAAUGGUGGUGUCGGUUCACUUCUUGGUCAUGGGUUUGGCUCGCACUUUUCUGGUGGUAUUUCUCCCGUUGCCCCUGGUAUACUGUACUUGCGUGUUCAUAGAGUUGUCAGAAAUGUCAUGUUUAUGGCAGAAGAGGUCGUCACCCUUCUGAUGUAUUUUGUCAGAAUUAUUGCGGAUGGUGGAUUCCCCGCUGAGGAAUUGGAGAAACUCAAGAAAACCAGAAAUCCGAUGAGUUCUCUCUCUUGUCAUAACAUGGAAAGUGGAUUCCCUGCAUUUUGUCAGGUCUCUCUUGCUUCAGCAAUGACCCGUGUCAAGCUUGCAGCUUCAUUGGGUGCUUCACUAGUUUGGAUUACAGGUGGUUUAAGUUUGGUCCAGGCUUUGCUAAAAGAAACAUUGCCAUCUUGGUUUAUAUCAGCACAUAGAUCAGAGCCCAACGGUGGGGUCUCAGAGGGAAUGGUCUCAAGGCUAAGGGGUUAUGCCCUUGCUUACUUUGCACUUCUGUCCGGAACAUUUGCUUGGGGUGUGGAUUCAUUGUCACCCGCAUCUAAAUGGCGGCCAAGUAUUCUUGGAGCACACUUGGAGUUUCUUGCGAGUGCACUAGAUGGGAAAAUAUCACUUGGUUGUAACAAGGCUACAUGGAGAGCAUACGUUUCAGGAUUCAUAGGCUUAAUGGUCGGAUGCACACCAAGCUGGCUUUUGGAGGUGGAUGUUGAUGUUUUAAAGAGGCUGAGCAAAGGAUUGAAACGACUGAACGAGGAAGUGUUAGCUUUGGCCCUUUUGGAAGCUAGUGGUGUCGGUGCUAUGGGCAUUGCUGCUGAAAUGAUAAUAGAAGGGGGUUUGAACUUUUGCUAGAUGAGCCCUCGGCGACUGUUGUUGUAACAUUGCCGAUUAGAUUAUCAGAGGAUCUACAACUUUCUACAAUUUUUGGUCUGAGUAUAUGGUGAGUACAGAUAUAGAAGUUUUGGAAUUCUGCAGGUACCCCCCUUGCAUUUUUGACUUGUUUUACUAUCAUGCACUAGAUUCAGUUAGCAAGCCUUCUUUGGGCCGGUUGAGUUUGAUUAUCAUAAUCUCACUUUUAUUUACUACUUUCUCUU